AUGUCUUCAGCAGCACCGCCUACAAUCCUCACACUCAAACAAGAGUUGAUAGCGGAGCAGGUGCGGUUACUAUCUCAACCGUUGGCCCCAUCACGCGCCUGGCGUGCGGGAAACAAUGCACCCGCUCAAGCGGCAGGCAACAACGGCGGCAGUGCCGCGGGGGCCACGAUUCCUGAGAGGGCCGUCGAGGCUGCCAUGGUGCGUAUCAACCACCGGCUGCACCAGCACGUGAACCGCGUCUACGCGUCUGCCGCCACACGGCAUGUGGCCGAGCAGCUGGAACAGCUCUAUCUGAUGGAGCGAGAAAAAGCGACAGAGCUGCAUCCCGAAGGAAACGAGCUGCAGGCCAUGGGAAUAUCGAGCGGCACGGAUUUUGCUGAUGCAAAAACUAUAUCGGCACUUCCCGGCAAUUGGCCCUUGGAAAAGGAUGCAGAGACGUAUCCCGCGGAGGUCAAGCGAUUCGCAGAAUUGUCCGAAAGUCUAAAGGAGCUGUCAGUCGAGCGCGAGGCUCUGCUGUUGCGUGUACGGCGAUUGCGUGCCUUGCGCGACGGCUUGGCACCUUUUCAAGCCAGCUCCGAUGACAUGAGCGAUGAUCAUGCUGCGGCUGCUCAUGUUCAGAGGCACCUAGUCACCAAGAAUGGAGAACUGGAGCAGGAACUGGAGCGUACUAGAAUCCUGAUGGCCCGCGUAGGGGGUCGCGUGGCACGACUCAUACAGAAAGAAUCUCAGAAUAAGGCUUCGGCCGUUGGAUCAAACGACGAAGACAGUCUCUUCGAGGACCGCGAAGACAGUGUGCCAGUUGCACUGGAAGAAGACGCGAGGAGGAAGGUUACCGACUUGCUGGAUCGGUUCUGA